GACGCCCUCCGCCUCAUGGCUUUCUCCGUCGGCCUCACACGCUUUAUUGUCUCAAGCCACCCGGAAACAGCAAAAGAGAUUCUUUCGAGCCCGGCCUUUGCUGAUCGGCCCAUUAAAGAAUCAGCAUACGAACUUCUGUUUAAUCGUGCUAUGGGUUUUGCUCCCUUUGGGGAUUACUGGAGAAACCUAAGAAGGAUUUCAUCCACGUAUCUUUUCAAUCCGCAGCGAGUUUCAUCGUUCGGGAAGCAGCGGAGUGAGAUUGGUGAAGGAAUGGUGCGGGAUAUGAAGAGAAUGAUGGAGAAAAACGGGGUUGUGGAAGUUAGGAGAAUGUUGCACUUUGGGUCUUUGAAUAAUGUCAUGUUGAGUGUUUUUGGAAGAAAGUAUGAUUUUGCAAAGGAUGAGGGGUUGGAGCUUGAGUUGAUGGUUAAGGAAGGAUAUGAGUUACUUGGGGUCUUCAACUGGGGUGAUCAUUUGCCUCUUUUGGGAUGGUUAGAUUUGCAAGGUGUGAGGAGAAGAUGCAGAGCGCUUGUGGCUAAGGUCAAUGUAUUUGUGAAGAGGAUCAUAGAGGAGCAUAAGAGGAGAGCCAACGAUGCAGGGAUUGAUGAGGGUGAAAGAGAAGAUUUUGUUGAUGUGCUUCUCAGUUUGGAGGAGAAAGAUAGACUCUCAGAUUCUGAUAUGGUCGCAGUUCUCUGGGAAAUGAUCUUUAGAGGAACUGAUACUGUUGCCAUACUAUUGGAAUGGACGUUGGCUAGAAUGGUUCUACAUCCUGAUAUUCAAUCGAAGGCACAAGUUGAGAUUGAUUCUGUCGUUGAAUCUUCAAAACCAGUACUGGAUUCUGAUAUCCAACAUCUUCCUUAUCUCCAAUCCGUAGUAAAAGAAACCCUUCGAAUGCAUCCUCCUGGACCUCUAUUGUCAUGGGCUCGCCUAGCUAUCCAUGACGUUCAUGUUGGAGGUCACAAGAUUCCUGCGGGGACGACUGCAAUGGUUGCAAUGGUAAACAUGUGGGCAAUAACACAUGAUGAAUGCAACUGGUCUGAGCCUAACAAAUUCAAUCCCGAUCGAUUCAUCAAUGAAGAUGUCAAUAUUCUUGGUUCCGAUUUAAGGUUGGCACCCUUUGGCUCAGGUAAAAGAGUUUGCCCUGGGAAAACCUUGGCGCUGGCUACAGUUCACCUUUGGUUGGCUCAGUUGCUGAAAAGCUUCAAAUUGCUUCCAUCGAGAAAUGGUGUAGAUUUGUCUGAGUGCCUAAAGAUGUCUCUCGAGAUGAAGAAUCCUUUGGUCUGUGUGGCUGUUCCAAGAAUCGAGUAG